AUGGAUAGUGUCGCGGAGCCCCUGAACGCACCUGAACAAGGUCAGAGUGAAGAGAUGAAAAAGCACCCUCAGAAGGUUUCAGCCCCUUGCACUGCGAAAAGAAAAGGACAAAAGCCAAAAACUGAAGACAACGGGGAAUUACAAAGCGCAGGGAAGCAGAAGAGAAAAAAAUCCCCUGCGAAACCUCCCAACAAAGUCAGGGGAGGCGUAAAAACAAGGGGGAUGGCACGUGCUGAAUCGGUGAGCAAACCACAACCCUCACCUGAGGUUGUUAACGAGGCUCCCACAUCUGAGAAAUGCAAUGGGACCGGACUACCGUCGAGUGACGAUGACUCGGAAGACGCUUUAGUUUUCCCAAGUGGGGCUCCACAGAUGAAAAGAGAAGCAGCGCAAUUCAACCCUGGGUUAGCCCUAGUCAGGAGCGUUAUAGCGAAAAUAGAGCCCCCUGAUGAAAUCACCCCGCGUAUUACAACAAAAAGGCCUCGAAGCAUGGCAUCUGGCGCUGCUGAUAAGAACAAAAAGGUAGCCGUCGAGCCCCCCACCAAGGUGGCUGAAAAUUCGACACCAACUGACCCAGUGGUUUUAUCACCACCUUCUCGUGGUCUGGCAAGUUUCGGAUUUUACACACAGUCAAAGAAAUCAACGGAAUCGAAAGCAAGCGUUAACAAACUUUUCACGCCAUUUGUGCAGGACAAGAGGGUGUCACCACUCUCACUACAGUUUUGGUUGCCGGACGGCCCUGCGCUGAAGAGGGAAACGCAUGUUGACGAUGUUCUCUUUUUAGGUGAAACUUCACCAAAGUCGUUGCAGUCCGAAGUAUGCGCUACCAAUAACGGUAAAGUUGUUUGGGCCGGAGAGGAAGACGAAACACACUCAACCCAAAUGUACCAAGGAGUGGGGACCCCAUACUCAUCUUUUGCUGCGAUGAUAGAGCACGCGACCGCACAUAGCGACACAAAUGAUGGUUGUAGUGCCUACGUCACCGAGGCGUUACGUCGUUGCCCUUGUAGCUUCCACGUACAACUUCCACCGCCGCGGAAGGAUUUCUGCAAUGAAAUCAUUUUUUGCGGGUUCUAUGCAAUUAGCUUUGAUCCUUGUGAGUCGCGCCCCCCAUAUUUUGGCACCUACAACAGUCAAAAUGCGCUCAAUGUAGAGGAGCUAAUGCGGUUAGCGCGGUUUGGUGUUAGCGAGGAGAUGCCACAAAUGUCCAACCUUGACUACGAGUAUGAUUCUGGUGAUGACUGGGAUGUGGCGGACGGAGAUGAGGAUGUUGGAAUGAGCGGCGACAGCAACUCCGAUGAGGAAGUUGAUGAGAACAGUAGUAGCAUUGUUGGUAGUGACGAGGCCAACAAUGACUUUAUCAACGACAACGAUGAGUACGAUGAUGACUCGGAGGCGGAAAUUCAACGGCGUAUGUUUGACUCACGCGAGCGCCGACGGAACCGUUUAAAAGGAAGGGAAAAGUUUGUUCCCGCCUUCAGUGGUCCAUUUGUUGCGGUCUCUGCGCUAGACCACCCACUGCGUGACUACGAUAAAUUUGAACGAAUAUCAUCUGAGCUCAAUGAUGAAGUGUUCACCACUAUGUUCGAGCAAUGCUUGCGUUCUUGUGGUAAUGUGGGGUCUUCACUUACUACCAAUGGAAAUAGCAACUGCACUGAUGUGGGGGAGAACCAACAAAGCUUCUUACCGCACAGCCAACAGGACAAGCGGGACAUGACACGACAGGAAGUUGACAUCCUCCACGGCAUCGUGGCAGCAAACUCAAGGAUAUCCACAGCAAAAAUUGUUACCGUGCUUCUGGAAGGAGGUUAUUGUGUUGGUGUAUCCCAAGCCGAGAUGGUGAGGACAAUACGUCGCCAUUAUGAACGAAACCAUGGCAUUUUGGUUCGCCGCGUUGAGCCAUGGGCGGCUACAGAUGAACGGCUGUUCAAAAGGCGGAAAAAGCAGAAAGCUGGAGCCAGUACAGCCAACGAUGGCGAUAGGAAAGAAGGAAAUGAUGACGAUGACGAUGUGCAGGAAAUGUCAGGUGACGACGACGACAUGGGUGAGGAAGUACCAUUAGCUGUGACAGCCAUGGAGGUUGUGUGUGCCUCCCGCGAUUGUCGAAGCAAACGCUAG